CUUGAGACUAGUCUGGAGCCAGCGGGAAGGAGACAUACAGAGAACAGCUCUAUAGUACCCACCCCACACCUCUGCUAAUUCCCUGCAUGCCCAGGAGGCCAUAAGCCUGGAUCCUGAGAGGUCAGAGCAGACCAGGUGCUGGCCCCUGACUCAGCAGCAUGGAGCUGUUCCAGGACAUCUCCCAGGUACCACUGACCAAUGUGAAGGGAGUCCCGCUCAUCAAGUACUUUGCAGAAAUGGUGGGGCCACUUCAGAACUUCCAGGCCUGGCCUGAUGACCUGCUCAUCAGCACGUACCCAAAAUCUGGCACCACUUGGUUGAGCGAGAUACUCGAGAUGAUCUACCACGGUGGUGACCUAAAGAAGUGUCACCGGGCUCCCAUUUAUACACGUGUACCCUUCCUUGAGUUCAAAUGUCCAGGGGUUCCAUCAGGUCUGGAAACUUUAAAAGAAAGACCUGCCCCUCGGCUCCUCAAGACACACUUGCCCCUGACCCUGCUUCCCCAGAGUCUGCUGGACCAGAAGGUCAAGGUGAUCUAUGUUGCCCGCAAUGCAAAGGAUGUGGCCGUCUCCUAUUACAACUUCUACAAAAUGGCCAAGGUGCACCCUGACCCUGGCACCUGGGACAGCUUUCUGGAGAAGUUCAUGGAUGGACAAGUGUCCUAUGGGUCGUGGUACCAGCACGUGCAGGAGUGGUGGGAGCUGAGCCGCACCCACCCUGUGCUCUACCUCUUCUAUGAAGACCUGAAGGAGAACCCUAAAAAAGAGAUUGGAAAGAUUGUGGACUUUCUGGGGCGCUCUGUGUCAGAGGAGAGUGUGGAUCACAUUGUCCAGCACACAUCCUUCAAGGAGAUGAAGAAGAAUCCCAUGGCUAACUACAGUACCUUACCGACUGAGUUAAUGGACCACAGUAUUUCCCCCUUCAUGAGGAAAGGCAUUGUGGGGGACUGGAAAUCUGCCUUCACUGUGGCCCAGAAUGAGCGCUUUGAUGCCCACUAUGCUGAGAAGAUGGCAGGCUGCAAGCUUGACUUCCGCUGGCAGCUCUGAGUGUUGUCAUGGGGGCCACUGCAGGGGAAGCGUGGGCACAAGUGUGACCCAUGACCUCAGCAAUAAAAUAUGAUGUGUCCACACAGAGGCUCUGUGGAAGCCAGG